UCAUCUCGAAAACAAGUCUUCCCCGUCGGAUCACCCAAGCCGAAGCGCAUACAAACCCUACAAAAUCCUAGUUCCGUUCCCGGCCAGCCUUAGUCCGCUGGGAAAACCCUAGCCUUUAGGUUUCGAGUCCCACCCUCCGCAGAGCUCAGAGAGCUUAGUUCGACAUGGGUGAAGAGGCAGUCAAGGCAGUGAUUCCAGAGUCACUCUUAAAGAAGAGGAAGAGGGAAGAAGAUUGGGCUUUGGCAAAGAAACAAAAUCUUGAAGUGACAAAAAAGAAGAACACUGAGAACCGAAAGCUAAUUUACAAUAGAGCCAAGAAGUAUGCGGAGGAGUAUGAGGAGCAGGAGAAGGAUCUGAUUAGACUGAAGCGAGAGGCGAAGUUGAAAGGAGGAUUUUAUGUUGACCCUGAGGCUAAGUUAUUGUUCAUCGUUCGUAUUCGUGGUAUCAAUGCCAUGCACCCAAAGACGAGAAAGAUUUUGCAACUCUUGCGUCUUAGACAGAUCUUCAAUGGUGUCUUUUUGAAAGUGAACAAGGCCACAAUGAAUAUGCUUCAUAGGGUUGAGCCUUACGUGACUUAUGGAUAUCCCAACUUGAAGAGUGUGAGAGAACUGAUUUAUAAGAGGGGAUAUGGAAAAUUGAACAAGCAGAGAACUGCUUUGAUUGACAACUCCAUAAUUGAACAGGCUCUGGGCAAGUAUGGCAUUAUCUGCACGGAAGAUCUCAUCCAUGAGAUCAUGUCAGUUGGACCUCACUUUAAGGAGGCAAACAAUUUCCUGUGGCCAUUUAAGCUCAAGGCACCCUUGGGUGGUCUAAAGAAGAAAAGGAACCACUAUGUCGAGGGAGGAGAUGCAGGAAAUCGUGAGAACUACAUCAAUGAGCUAAUCAGGAGGAUGAAUUAGGCUUUGGCUCUAUUUGUUAGUCAGAGGAUUCGGCUCUUGAAGUAAUCUACAACUCCAAUUUUUUUUUUUUUUUUACUUAAAAAUUUAUUUGAAGUUAGAUAAAAUGUCGUCUUUUAAGCAAGAAACUUUUUGUUGUCCACUUUUGUUUCUGAAUUUUAAUUUCAGAAAGUUUUGUUGCAAGCUCUUA